AAAGAGGGCCCUGGGCUCUCCUGUGAGACAGAAGCUCUCGGACCCACAUCCUGUGGAAUUGGCAUGGUCUAGGUGACACGGGCAGCUUUCUAUCCCACCUCCCUCCUGCAGGCACCUUCACUGCUUUGGACACAAGCUCCAUCCAGACCUGCUGUUUGUCCCUGGCUGUUUUCUAAAAGAAAUGUAACAGAGAGCAGCUCUGGGAAUUCACGUUUCUUGGCAGUUCUGCGGACUCACCCCGAUAGCUGCAGGUGACGGGAGCACGUUGGGGCUGCGGGUGGCCGAUGAGCUUGCACGCUCCGUACUGAGUGCCCACAGAGAACACAAUCAGCAGAGGGAAUGUUCAACUACCUCAGGAAACGCUUUAGCAGCCACAUCAGAGAACGCAGCCGGCGAAGAGCGAGGCUCGUCUCUAAAGACGGAAGGUGUAACAUAGAGUUUGGCAAUGUAGGACAGCCAAGGUUUGUCUUUUUGAUUGAUAUAUGGACAACUAUCCUGGAUCUCAGGUGGAGAUACAAAAUGACUAUCUUCAUUUCAGCGUUCUUAGGCAGCUGGUUUCUGUUUGGGCUCCUCUGGUACGUUGUGGCGUACAUACACCAAGAUCUUCCAGAAUUCAAUCCUUCCAUAAAUCACACCCCCUGCGUGGACAACAUCAACGGCCUGACUUCAGCCUUCCUGUUCUCCUUGGAGACCCAGGUGACCAUCGGCUACGGCUUCAGGUGCGUCACAGAACAAUGUGCCACUGCCAUUUUCCUGCUCAUCUUCCAGUCUAUCUUGGGGGUCAUCAUCAAUUCUUUCAUGUGUGGUGCCAUCUUGGCCAAGAUCUCAAGGUCUAAAAACCGGGCUAAGACCAUCACCUUCAGCAAGAAUGCUGUCAUCAGCAAACGUGGUGGGAAGCUGUGCCUCCUCAUCCGGGUGGCCAACCUCAGGAAGAGCCUGUUGAUUGGGAGCCACAUCUACGGAAAGCUCCUGAAGACCACCAUCACCCCAGAAGGAGAAACAAUCAUUUUGGACCAGGUCAACAUCGAAUUUAUAGUUGACGCUGGCAAUGAGAAUCUCUUCUUCAUUUCCCCAUUAACUAUUUAUCAUAUCAUUGAUAAGAACAGCCCAUUCUUCCACAUGGCCGCAGAAACCAUUCUGCAGCAAGAUUUUGAACUGGUGGUGUUUUUGGAUGGCACUGUUGAAGCCACGAGUGCUACCUGUCAAGUGAGGACAUCCUACAUCCCAGAGGAGGUGCUCUGGGGUUAUCGCUUUGCUCCCAUUGUGUCCAAGACCAAAGAAGGGAAAUACCGAGUGGACUUCCAGAACUUCAGCAAGACAGUGGCCGUGGAGACUCCCCACUGCGCCUUCUGUCUCUACACUGAGAAAGAAGCUAAAGCCAAAGAGAAGAAAGGCUAUGACAACCCCGGGUUUGUCUUGGCAGAAGCUGGUGAAACCAGUGACACAAAAAUGUAGUUCCAGCUAUUCAACAGACUGUAUCUUUAUUUCAUAAUGAAUUCAAUCUUGAGAGAAUUAACAACUUAGUAAAAGAAAAAAGAAACACAGGUUUGGUUUUACUCUAAAACAUCGUUCAUCUUCUCAAAAGCCUCAAAUCAAGAAGGUACAGAACACCAGUGAUCUCCAGAACACUAUUUAACUACUAUAUAUACAUAUUUCAUAGAGUUUAUAUUUUUAUACCUAUUGGACAUUUUAUGAAGCUGCUACGUUGGAAUGUCCAACUCACUUAAGUUCCCAGAGGUACACAAGUCUGUUAAAAAGCCUGAAAAGAUGGAGAGAAACUUCAAGACACAUUAAAUGGAAUGAGAACAUGAAAAGGGGAGACAGAAGGCAAAGCUAAAGAAACCUAAGGGAUUUAGGAGCCCAAACCUCAAAAAAAAAAAAAAAUCCACAUUUCUGGUUGCCAAAAUCCUCUAUGAAAGCAGACUCUCUGGCUCCGGAACACCUGAGCACACAUUUUGAAACAAUUCCUUCUUCCUUUGGAGCUGGUGCCUCUGAAGAAAUGGAGCAUUAAGGAAUGGCACAUGCUUAGGAAGCUAGAAAAGACAAAGCUUGUGCCAUUGUGCUUCAGCUAGAACUCUGUGAAAUACAACUUCUCUCCUCUGAAAGCUUUUGAUUCCUUUCAGGGAAAAAUAGUCAAAUGAAAAGUGAAGCAACAAGGCAAAGCAGAGACCCGCUAUGGGAGAAGAGGAAUUUUGCAGCUUAUUCCUGUCUCUCUUCAGAUACUCUCCCUUCCCCAAGAGCUGGCUAGCUGAAAUUAGGAAACAUCUGAGCUAACUCUCCAGAAGGGCAAGCCACAGUGGGAAGGUGAACACAUCGACUGCUUCCCACCCAGCAGAAGAGAGGAAAUCCCCAGCUCUAGAGGUACCCCGCAAACAAAAUCCACAAUGCAAACACCGGUUAUCUUUUCCUUUGAAGCAUGAAGGUCUUGUUAAAACAAAACUGCAGCACAGAACCUUCCAGCAACAGUGGGCUUCAGAUUCGGUCCCAAACCGUUCAUCUCACCACAGCAAGAUGUGCAUCCCUACAGGAAACCAUUUCUGCUCACUGGUAGCUCAGCAGUGGUGAACUUUUUCCAGAUAUGAUUUUUGAUGUUUAAGUUUCAAGCAGAACAAGAAGUUUCCUAGUGAUGUAACUCAGUUCAUCUAUUUUGAACACUGCGGUAAAUUGAAAGCACCUUUUUAAAAGCUGCCGGACUGACCAGUUUUAAAAGGAGGAGAGAAUUAAGCCGGUCAAAUGAUGACAAGACACAGUUAUUUUGCGAGUGGACAUAACGUGAGUAUGGAAAAACUCUGGAAACCAAGAGCGUUCCAGUCUUUGUCGCAGUGUAGCACAGACUCUGUUGGGCCAGAACAAAUCACUUCAGUAUGUAUCUCAGAUUUGCCGUUUGUAACAUGGGACUUAACGUACUUGUGUUGUAAAAAGAACAAUGUUAUAAACCAUUAUGUCACUAAAGCACUUUAAAAGCCAGUUCUCAACUGUCUCCAUCUUCCCUGUCUUCAAUGCACCACUGUUACACCAUUGCACAAUCCUAGAUGGGAAGGUCAGCACAGAAA